UGUCCAAUAGGGUCAUCAUGAGGGAUCAGCUAAUCAUUUGGGAGAAAAUGAACUACUUCAAACUGGAGAUAAACGCAAUGGCGCUGCCCAUGCUGUCUCAGACGCGAUAAUGACACAUACACAGACGAGUCAUGUAUCUAUCUCUAUGGGUGCCUUCGCAUAACUUCCGUCUGUCUUCGCUGUAGCUCUUGUCUGUUUCUCUGGUCGUGGUGUUCUACCACUCAAUCUCAGUCAUGUCUUGGACAACUAAAGUGUUAAAGUUAAUCGUGCUGGCUGGAGUGUCUGUGUUGAUAGUGAUGUACCUGCGGCAGUGGAUGGCCAACAAACACUAUGUCUUCACGAAGGAAGAUGUUGCUGUACUGGCCAAGCGAUACGCAGGCCAGGACCACGACCAGGCGUUCCCCAAGGUGGUGGUGGAGCUGCGGAGGAAGUACCCGGGUCACAUCCUGCCGGACGAGGACCUGCAGUGGGUGUUUGUCAACGCAGGCGGCUGGAUGGGGUCCAUGUGUCUGCUCCACGCCUCUCUCACCGAGUACGUCCUGCUGUUCGGCACCGCCGUGGACACCGGAGGACACUCAGGUCGUUACUGGGCUGAAAUAUCAGACACCAUCAUCUCUGGGACCUUCAGGCAGUGGAAGGAGGGAUCAACUAAGAGUGAAAUGUACUAUCCAGGUGACACGAUAGUCCACACGGUAGGCGAGGCGACGUCUGUCCAGUGGAGUGCUGGGACGUGGAUGGUGGAGUACGGCAGAGGAUUCAUCCCCUCCACACUGGGCUUCGCCCUGGCAGACACUCUGUUCAGCACACAGGACUUCCUCACUAUGUUCUACACCAUACGGGUCUACGCCAAGGGAAUGCUGCUGGAGGCCAAUACACUACUCACUGAGGCUGGCGUCUUCUGAGGAACCUGACCCCUAACCCUCUCUGCGGCUGGCGUCUUCUGAGGAACCUGACCCCUAACCCUCUCUGCGGCUGGCGUCUUCUGAGGAACCUGACCCCUAACCCUCUCUGCGGCUGGCGUCUUCUGAGGAACCUGACCCCUAACCCUCUCGGAGACUGGAGUCUUCUGAGGAACCUGACCUCUAAACCCUGAAACUUAUUGAGUUAGAUAUACAGUAGCAAUCAACAGUUUGGAGACUUACUCAUUCAAGGAUUUUUCUUUAUUUGUACUACUUUCUACAUUAGAGAACAAUAGUGAAGACAAACUAUGAAAUAACACAUGAAAUAAUGUAGUAACCAAAAAGUGUUAAACAAAACAAAAUAUAUUUUGUAUUUCAGAUUCUUCAAAGUAGCCACCCUUUGCCUUGAUGACAGCUUUGCACACUCUUGGCAUUCUCUUUCUCUCAACCAGCUUCACCUGGAAUGCUUUUCCAACAGUCUUGAAUGAGUUCCCACAUAUGCUGAGCAUAUGGAGGUGUGUUGGGUCAUUGUCCUAUUGAAAACAAAUGAUAGUCCCACUAAGGACAAACCAGAUGGGAUAGCGUAUUGCUGCAGAAUGCUGUGGUAGUCAUGCUGGUUAAGAGUGCAUUGAAUUCUAAAUCAAUCACAGACCGUGUCACCAGCAAAGCACUCCCACACUUCCUCCUCCAUGCUUCACGGUGAGAACUACACAUGCGUAGAUCAUCAGUUCACCUACUCUGCGCCCCCAAAGACACGGCGGUCUUCUCACAUUUGAACUCAUUAGACCAAAGGACAGAUUUUCACCAGUCUAAUGUCCAUUGAUUUGAUUUGCUCGUGUUUCUUGGCCCAAGCAAGUCUCCUCUUCUUAUUGGUGUCCUUUAGUAGUGGUUUCUUUGCAGCAAUUCGACCAUAGCGGCCUGAUUCACCCAGUCUCCUCUGAACAGUUGAUGUUGAGAUGGCUGUUAUUUGAACUCUGAAGCAUUUAUUUAGGCAGCAAUUUCUGAGGGUGGUACCUAAUGAACAUAUCCUCUGCAGCAGAGAUAACUCUGGGUCUUCCUUUCCUGUGAUGGUCCUCAUGAGUCAGUUAACUCUAAUGAACGUAUCCUCUGCAGCAGAGAUAACUCUGGGUCUUCCUUUCCUGUGAUGGUCUUCAUGAGUCAGUUAACUCUAAUGAACGUAUCCUCUGCAGUAGAGAUAACUCUGGGUAUUCCUUUCCUGUGGUGGUCUUCAUGAGUCAGUUAACUCUAAUGAACGUAUCCUCUGCAGUAGAGAUAACUCUGGGUCUUCUUUUCCUGUGGUGGUCCUCAUGAGAGCCAGUUUCAUCAUAGUGCUGGAUGAUUUUUGUGACUGUGCUUGAAAAACCUUCAAAGUUUUUGACAUUUUCUGGAUUGACUGACCUACCUUUUCUUAAAGUAAUGAUGGACUGUGGUUUCUCUUUGCUUAUGAGUUCUUGUCAUAAUAUGGACUUGAUCUUUUACCAAAUAGGGCUAUCUUCUGUACACCACCCCUACCUUGUCACAACACAACUGAUUGGCUCAAAUGCAAGGCACACCUGUUAAUAGAAAUGCAUUCCAGGCGACUACCUCAUGAAGCUGGUUGAGAGAAUGUCAAGAGUGUGCAAAGCUGUCAUCAAGGCAAAUGGUGGCUACUUUGAAGAAUCUCAAAUAUUUUGGCGGGUUACUACAUGAUUCCAUACUACUAUUACAUACAACUAUUUCAUAGUUGUUGAUAACUUCACUAGUAUCCUACAAUGUAGAAAAUAGUAAAAAUAAAGAAAAACCUUUGAAUGAGUAGGUGUGUUCAAACUUUUGACUGGUACUGUAUGUGGUGAUUGCUUCCUAUCAACUAAUAGCUACAGUUCCUUGCUCUGUUAGCUAGCAGGCUAAUAAGGUAGCUAGUAAGUUGUGUGGUCAUUUAGCUAGAUGUCUACAGUGCAACAAAAGCAAUGUCCAACCUUCUCUAAACACAUCAAUGGCUAUACAUGUAUGGCAAGUACUGUAGCAAAUUGUAUGUAUUUGUCAACAUUUUAAGGAAUGAGUAGAUGGACAUAACCUACUGCAAUCAUUCUGGUCACAUUAAAAUACUAUUUUGGGUAGUGUGUGUGACCGUUACAGCCUUUUAGUUUGUUCUUGGUGAGAUUCUUUACAAAUACUGCUGGUUGUCAUUUCAGGAGAUAGAAAGCCCACCCACAACCAGGUGAGGGGAGUUCCUUGCUAAUUAGUGAGCUUAAUUCAUAAAUUAAGGGACAAGCGAAAACCGGCAGACACUCGGCCCUCCGUGGAAUGAUUUUGACACCUGUGGUGUAAGCAUUGGAAGGAGGGGGUUUUCAUUGCUAAAUCCAUGGGAAAUAUUAUAUAAGUGCACACCUUGGGAGGAGGGAAGAGAAUCGGGACUGUCCCCUUUUCUCCCGGCCAGCUCGGCCAUCCCCUCCUGCUCCUUGGCUGAGUGACUCAUUGCGAGCUUACAGAACAGGCCUCUGGGCAGCUGAGCAGAAAUGAAGGAAAACUACACUUCUGGAGGACCUAUCAUCCUUCCAUUCCCUCCUCUCUACCCUCUCUUCCUCUGUAUCUGCUACUAAAGCCACUUUCUACCACUAACCCUAAGAAACACUUUUGCACCUCCCUCCUUAAUCCUCCACACCUGCCCACUCCCUCCUCCUCCUCUGCAGACGACCUCGUCAACCACUUUGAAAAGAAGGUUGAUGACACCCACUCUUUAUUCACAAACAAAGGUCUUUGUUUCUGUCCAUUUUGAGCCUGUAAUCGAACCCACAAAUGCUGAUGCUCCAGAUACUCAACUCGUCUAAAGAAGUUGUAUUGCUUCUUUAAUGAGAACAACAGUUGCCAGCUGUGCUAACAUAAUUGCAAAAGGAUUUUCUAAUGAUCACUUAGCCUUUUAAAAUGAUAAACUUGGAUUAGCUAACACAAUGUGCCAUUGGAACACAGGAGUGAUGGUUGCUGAUAAUGGGCCUCUGUACGCCUAUGUAGAUAUUCCAUUAAAAAAUCUGCCGUGUCCAGCUAUAA